AUGGCACCUUCAAAAGUCACCAAUUCGACCACUACCAACGGAACCACUGCUAAGGCCAAGUUUGAUAUAGACACAGUGCAACUCGAGAAAUUGUUUAUUCGAGAUGCAGACGUUUUCCAGACUACUUUGGACUCGGAGGACUAUUUGGACAGCUUGGCUCCACUCAUCAAGGAUGCAUUGAAAGCCAAUGCUCUUCAAGAAUUCAUUCGCAAGCUCAAUGAAAUUGUCAAACAGAAGGACACAGAGCUCAAUGAGAUCUCGUUGGGGUCAACCCGUGAUAUCAACAAGUGCAUCAACGCCAUUGACGGCGUAUCGCACGAAUCGGCAAAUCUUAGCAAGACUAUGCAACACGUGAACUUGCAUUUGAAUAAAUCGGCGUUGGAAUUGGUUGCUCGGAAAAAGGCUCUUAUAAAGAGCAAAGAGACUGCCAGCAAAGUUAAUGAAACGAUCACUACUUUGAACAUGUGUAAUCAAGUUCUCGAGAUCGACAACAAAAUCUUAGAGCUCAUCAAGCAGCAGAAAUCCUUCAGUGCCUUGAAAUUAAUUGAUGAGCUUCAGACAGUUCAUUUGCCCAAAGUUAAGGAUUUUUCUUUUUCUGUGAAAAUCUACAACUCCAUUCCCCACAUGACAAAUAUGAUCAAGGAGGAGUCCUUCGACAGUUUGAAGCUGUGGCUCACCACCCACCUUGAGCGUAAGAUCGACAGGAUUGGAGAUCAUCUUUACGAAAACUUGUACAAGCUCGAAGAGCACUGGGAGUCUCUACGAAAUGAUCCCCGUAACAGAUAUCUUCUACCACACAGACUCAACUCGCCAAUUGAGAUCUCUAUGAGAGAUCCCCAAUUGUCCUUCCAAGUAUUUGAAAAUCAGGAGCUCGGAAUACCUUUAAAACCGGUCUACGAUUGUAUUCUCGUGUACAACUCCUUGAAAGAUGCUGGAACCCUAUCGACGGCGUACCACAAGGAAUGGAUGGAAAAGUACAGGAAGAUUAUCCACCCUAUCACCCUUUCCGCCAGCAAAACAUACGAUAGAUCAACUCCUAGCUUGGAAAGCGCCGUACUGUUUCCUGACUUGAAUAGUUUGGAAACGUACCUCAGGAAGAUCGCAGCUUUUUUCAUUGCCGACAAAGAGUUGAAUACUAAGACGAGAUUCGAGCUUCGCUCAAAUGGAACGGCGGAUGAUUUGUGGGACUCCUAUGUGCUCAAGCUCAAACCGGUUCUAUUAAACUUCUUGCAAACGCGAAAGUGGCUGCGAGAUGACUUAGAGCUUCUUGCUGAUUUCAAGGAGUGUCUAGGACACUUUCUUCAGGUGAUGGAGAACAGUAACUACAGGACUACUGAACUUUAUGAGAUUAUGAUCAUCAUUUUCAGAGACUAUUUUGGAGCCAUGUUGAUUGAGCAUUUCAGGCACGAGUUUUUGGAAUCCAUACAGUCCGACCACUACAUGCCUUUGGGUGUUUCUGACAGAGAGGAUUAUGACAACGUGAUGAAAAUUUGCUGGUACCAUGCGGAAGCUAGCUUUGCUCCAAAAAAUGUCAAAUCCAUGCCUGUUUCCUUCCCCUUUAGUGAAGAUUAUGUUCACUAUUGUUUGGGUAUUAGAGCGCUUAUGCAAGAUAUUUUGGAUUUUAUUUCACGUCAAUAUAAUUACGACCUAAAUGAAAUCAAUCGAAUCAUCGUUGAAGACAUAUUCGAAAAGGUUUUGGGAAACGAACCUGGAGUGGGUAUCUGUCACGAUAUAACACAAUUCAUCAAAAAGAACGAAGACAAUAAGGAAAUCGUUGCACAAAGUUAUUCCAAUUUGGAAUACUACCUAUACAGCUUGUAUGAAAUUGGCCAGCUUCUCGACUCAAAGCUAAGAAAGUACAAUGGCAUUGGCCUUCUGAACAUCGACGCAGACGCCCAGUUCCAAUUGCGAGCCCUUCAUCUAUUUACCGAAGCCAGAAAGAUUUCAGAAAAUACCGUCUUUAAGAUGGUAGAUCAAAAAUUAGAGCUGCUUAUUGAGCUGGUUGAGUAUGAGGACUGGUACCCUUCAACGCCUAAUUCUGAUCCAAACUUCUUCAUUCUUGAUUUCUCCCUUUUCUUAGAGAAUAUGUUCAACUCUAUCUUUUCGAACUUGCCAAGUUCUUUCAGGACGCUUGGUUUAUUCCGAAGCUAUGAUUUCGUUGCUAAGAAAUUCCUUGAAAUCCUCAAGAAUGCCAGAGGUUACAAUAGGAUCGCAAUUCAGAACUUCGAUCUCGAUGUGAAGCAUCUUGAACAGUCAAUGGCAGCCUUACCUGUACCGGGCAAUACUGCCGAGCAGGGAGGUGCAGUUGCUUUGCAAUCUACAUUCACUGAAUUGAGACAAGCAAUUGACAUUUUGCUCCUCGAUGACUAUGAUGAAUAUAUCAAAAAUCUGUCGUUCAGAAUGCGGAGAUUCGACAGAGUUAAAUAUGAGGAUGCGAUGCUGUUGAUAAGGAAAAUGCAGAAAGAAGAAGACAGUCAGGAUGAGGACGCCUUUGCGAGAAGCGAUGGUAUUCACUCUCCUAGUGGAGAAGGACUCGAGCGUGAAAACUCUGUCUUCGAAAAUUCAGCAGCCAGGUUUCAAAGAUGGGCGCUGCUGAGGAGACCCAACAGAGGUCAAUGA